UUCUUGGGCUAUGAGGAGUGAAACGUCCAUAUCCCCAGCCCACUCUGGCUGUGAGCUCCUGCUGAACCUGUGUAGUGCUGCUGUUUUCCACUAAGUAACAGUCAGUAUUACCUGAUGCUUGUGUAAAGCUGUCUUCUCCCUCUUCAUUUAUAGAAAAAUAAUUAUAUUAAUAUAAAAUUGCUUUGCACUUUACCAGCAUGACAUUUCCCCUGCUGUUCUGGUUGUCCAGCAGUAUCAGGGUUCUUCUGAUGCUUCUUCCUUUUCAUGUUGCAGUUGGUCCUUUGUCUCUCACACUCUAGUCUCUGAGCACUGUGAGCAGUUUGCUGUGGGACCAUUGUCCCCUUCGUGGGUUUUAUCUGGAUGAGUUGGAUAUGUUAUUCUUCUCUCCAAGAUUAAUGGAACAUGGUUUCCAGUCCUUAGAAUGACAUGACACUGCUGAAAUAGUUAAAAGCAGGAACAUUGGUGACUUAAGCAUCCUAAAAGCACAGAAUCCCAGGAUGGUCUGAGUGGGAGGGGACCUUAAAUACCAUUUUGUUCCACACCCCUGCAUGGGCAGGGGCACCUUCUGCCACAGGUACAUACUGGAGUGCUCUCUACUUUUUUUCUCUUACACAGGGAAAAAAAGAAUUAGAGUGGGAAGAUAAAAGCAGACAGUUUGGACUGUAAAGGCAGCUGCACGUGUGGACUGUAAAGAUGAUUAUCUGUUGCAAUACAUCACAUGUGGGCCUGUUGGAUUUUCCUGUCCUUACAUUAAGACCAUAUGUUUUUCCUGCAGCUUUACCAGGAGAUUCAGUUUGGAGGAGGAGUAACUUGUAGGAGGUUGAGGCUGGAGUAGCACAGCACUGCUGUGUGCCAGGCAGGUCAGAUAAGAACUUGAAACUAGUUUAUCCUUACAGCUCCUAAUGAGUGAUAGUCUGAGUCUGAAGUCUUUAUCUUCCUCUCAGUCCAUGGCAAUCCCUCCCAUUUUGGAAGCAGAAGUGUUGGAUGGCAACGACAACAACAGCAACCCUCACCUUCUGUACUUCACUCAGUAAAAAACUUAGCAGGAGUCACUCACUCUUUUGGGGAUCAGGAGGAACUCUCCCUCCCCGAUGGCUCGUCGGUCCCAGAGCUCCUCCCAGGGGGACAACCCCCUGGACCCCAACUACCUCCCCCCCCACUACAAGGAGUAUUACCGGCUGGCCCUGGACGUGCUGACCGAGGAGGGCAAGGAGAGUUACCAGCGCUUCCUGGCCGAGGAGGGCGCCCCCGAUUUCCUGUGUGCCUCGGAGGUGGAGCACAUCACCCAGCACCUGCAGAAGCCGCAGUACGCCAGCCAGGAGGGCAGCGCGGACACCGCGGGGGACAAUGACAUGGACGGCUCCUCCGGCACCUACUGGCCCAUGAACUCGGAUCUGGCCGUUCCUGAGCUCGACCUGGGCUGGCCGAUGGUCUUUGGCUUCAGGGGCACAGAGGUGACAACGCUGGUGCAGCCACCCCCGCCAGACAACCCCAGCAUUAAGGAGGAGGCUCGCAGGAUGAUCCGAGCAGCUCAGCAGGUGGUGGCCAUUGUGAUGGACGUUUUCACGGACGUGGAUCUGCUCUUUGAGGUGCUGGAUGCUGCUUCCCGCCGAGUGCCUGUCUACAUCCUGCUGGAUGAAAUGAACUCCCAGCUUUUCCUCGACACAGCUGCCAAGUGCAGAGUCAACCUGAACUAUGUGGAGUUCCUGAGGGUGAGGACAGUGUCUGGCCCAACCUACUACUGCCGCACAGGGAUGUCCUUCAAGGGGCACCUGAAGGAGAAGUUCCUGCUGGUGGACUGCAUGGUGGUGCUGAGUGGCAACUACAGUUUCAUGUGGUCCUUUGAGAAGAUUCACAGGAGCAUUGCCCACAUCUUCCAGGGCGAACUGGUGGCCAGCUUUGAUGAAGAAUUCCGCAUUUUGUUUGCACAGUCGGAGCCCCUUGUUCCCCCAGCCAACGUCUUGGCAAAGGCAGAGAACACGUUUGCCAUGGCUCCCUUUGGCAAUAACAUGCCUUUCUUCCCCAAGAAAGGCCCCCUGAUGUUCCAGAGGGAUGAGAGUCUCUUCCCCUCCUUCAUGGACAGGGUGGAUCCGGACAGGUACUUCCUCUCCAACUUCCGCCGGGACGACAUGCUGCGGCACACCGUGGAGGGCUCCGCCCUGCGGAUGUACAAAAAGGUGGAAAUGGAGAAUUCCCAGAUGGAUCCCGUCAGGGGGUUCCUCCGUUCAAAGCAGCUGGAGCUGGACGCUUUUAAGAGACACAGUUUUGCAGAAGGAACGUUUGAAAAUUUCGCUUCUGCCAAGCAGUACACCCGGCAGAUGUUCAUGAACAACAUGGAUGAGUUCAAAAUUCAAUCCAGUCAUUUCCAGAAGGACCAGUUCUACCAGUACCAGUUUGAACAUCCCCAUCUUUCUGGCAGACCUCAGGGAUUCUUUGACAGGAUUCGAGGGGGGAGGCCAGGGUUCAAUGAAUUGGAAGACUAUGGAGAGGGACCCCGAUACCCUGAACUGGAGCCCAGUUUCCCACAGGAGGGCUUCCCCCUGCGGCUGGACUACGUGCCCUCCAACUCCUCCAGGGAGGUGAGACACGGCUCUGACCAGCUGAACCCUGCGGGCAAUGGCCCCAUGGGAAUGAUGCUACGCAGGCAGAAUAUAGGACAGAAGUUCAUCUGCCAGACUUCUCCCACGCAGAAGCAGAGCCUGGAGCAGCGCCUGUUCCUACAGGACAAGGAUGAAGACCAGGAUGACGACAAGAACACGCAGGAGAACAGAACAGGGUUACGGAACUGGAGGAUUUCUUCGUACCUCAGCGCGUACCAGUCUGAACCAGACGAAGGGCUCCCGAUGCCCAUGGAGUCCGAGGCGUACAGCGAUGCUCUUGGGGAUCCCCUCACCAAGCACCCCACUGACCUCGUCCCAGCCUUCAAACCCCCCACACCCUUCAACAGCAAGUCACUGGGAAUUGACAGUGCCAAGGAAUCUGCAGACCCUGACAGAGCAGGUGAAGAAACCUCAAUAAUGAAACCAGAUGCCUUCAGGUCCAGGAUAAAUCCCUUGAUCCAGAGGAGCUCCCGGCUCAGGUCCUCUCUGAUUUUCAGUGCUGCCAAAUUAGAUCAGCCCAACACCACCAUAGAAAAGGUGCAGAUGAUCCAAAAAGAACAAAUGUCCAGUGAGUUAACAAAGGACAAUGAAACCAUCAAGACAGCUGCCUCCUCCAAAGUGGCUGAGCUGCUGGAGAAGUACAAAGCUGUGGGCAAGGACAUGGAACGGGGCACAGUCACCCACACCAAAGCUGUUUCAGGUUACCUGCAGGAGGAAUCACAGAAUACGGAGAAGAAAUGUACCAAAUCUGUGCAGUAUAAAAUUCUGGAGAGCAGGGUGCUGGACUCCAAAGACUCCUGCAGUACUUACAAAAUGCAUGGAGAGUUGGACAGAGCAUUUGGAAUAGCCUCAUCCACCCCCCAGCUUGGGGAUGCCUUGAGUAAAGAUCCCCUGGCACAUCUUGGCACUAAGGUGGACAAGCUGUCAUCCCGAUUUUACCCCAUCGAGAACAAAUCUCCUCUUCCAGAGAAAGAGAGCCUGAUAUUUGUAGGAGACACUCAGAAAUUGGCUCUUCCAGAGAAGAAGGACAGAGUGACCUUCAGAGAAGACUCUCCAAAAUUAGUCAAUACAGAAAUGAAGAAACCUCAGGUUAGGACAAGUACUACAUCCUCAGUUCUAGAAAGCCUGUCUAGAAGUCAAGGGUCUGACAGCUCUCUCAACAAAUCUGAGGAAGACUGUUCAAAACAAGAGCAAAAUCCCAUGGAGUUUUUAAGAAAAGGGUCACUACGGCUGAAGCAGCUUUUGAACCCAAAAGGUGAAAAGAAAUUGGAAGAGGAACCUUCUUCUGAGAGCGGGAAAUGCGACAAGCAGGCAGUGGUGCUCAAACGAUCAUCCACAGGGGACUGCCAGGAAGUGAUGGAGGAAGAAAAAACCCCCAAAUUUGCAGCACCACUGCCCCCCAAGAGCAGCCAGACAACACAAGGGAGGUUCCCUUCCUCCACAGCCAACAUCCUGUACAGCAGCAACCUGCGUGACGACACCAAGGUGAUCCUGGAGCAGAUCUCUGCCAACAGCCAGAAGAACAGAGCCGAGCUGGCCAAGCAGCUGCCAUCCACCAGCAACCCUGACCUCUCCAGGUCGACCACAAGCCUGGAAAGAAAAGGGGAAAAGGAGAAAAGCUGCAACAUCCAUAGGUCUGAGAGCUUUGGGAGCCAGAAACGGAACCUCCAGCGGCAGCCGUCGGAGGACAGAGAAACCCUCCUGAAGAAAAUGGAGAACAUGCGCAAGGAGAAGCGAGUCUACAGCAGGUUUGAGGUGUUCUGCAAGAAGGACGAACACACAAGUCCCAGUGAAGAGGAGUAUGACACAGAUGCCAAAGACAAGAAAAUGGGGAAAUUCAUGCCCAAAAUCCUGGGGACCUUCAAGACCAAAAAAUGAUCCUGGAAAUCCUAUUUAAUUCCAUUUAAUCACUGACUGUCACAGGGAAACGAGGAAAAAACUUGUCUAGGAUGGCUACAAACCCCAAUGGCAAUGCUCUUCUUGGUUAGUGAGCAGAAAUGUGUCCAGCAUGAGCCUCCCACGGCAGUUUGCUCAAUAAAGUCAGGUGGUAUCAAACAACCUUAUCACAGUAUGUUCCAAAUAAAACAAUUAAAAUGCCAA